AUGGCAGAAAAGACAGUUUCAACAGAACACAAAACUGAGCUGGAUUAUCAGUUAGAUUUCCUGAACGAUGACUACUUCUAUAUUCCGUUUGGUCAAAAUGAUGUUACUGUUUGGCAGCUCCUUACUGUCGACACGCAACAACUCUACGACGCCAAGAAUGAUACUAGUAAUCAAGUAGAAAACAAAGAGAACACCCCAGCAGAAGUGUGCAACAGUAGAUUUCAGAAGCCGCGGUCUACAGUAGGUAUCAAGAAUAAGCAGAGGAACGCUGUUCCUGCCAUCACGACUCGAAGUAAUAUAUGGGCGAUAAAUGUGUGGAAAGAAUGGGCCGAGAGUCGCAACCUGCAACCAGAAACUGCGUCGGAGCCGGGCUUUCCAAUUCCUCUGGAUAUCGGAAAUGGAGUUUGGCUUCAACGCUUUAUUUGUGAAAUUAAGCGGAAGAACGGUGAACCCUACCCGCCAGCAACUUUGCAAAAUAUUGCAGCAGGAAUUCAACGUUAUUUACCCGAGGCUGUUGAGAAUGGCAUGGUGAUAAGCACCACCAGACAUAUGAAAAUGUCUGGAUACAGAGUUUUGUUUGUGUCUUUUAACGUUGCACUAAUGUCAGAAGGCUUUGUUUCUUCCAAAGACCACCGUACUCUCCAGCGGGCAACUUCACGUCUGAAGCUUUCACGAUCUCCACUGAAGUCGUAA